GUUGCACGCGUGACUAAUUUUUUUAUGCGCGUGGAAAUCUACAUGUUUGAACUUAGUUUUUGAUACUGUAAACUAUUCAGAAUUUUCUGAAAAUUUGCAGAGGCUCUAAAUAGUUACAAUAUACAUAAUCAAUAAAAAAAAAAAAAAAAAAACGCGCCGAAACGUGUUGAGUAGUCAAAAAAACAGUAAGAGCCCUAUAGAAUAUAUAUAUAUAUAUAAACAAAAUUUAACAUAUCGAAAAAGUUGGGCGGUUGAGUUUAUCUAUCCGAAAAAAUAGACUUUUAUAUUUCUUCUCCUUUACUUUGAUCCAAACAAGAGCAAACAAAAUAAUUAUGAGAUGUUAUUGCUGCUAGCUGACUGAAUCAAAAACACACGUGUAAGACUGGCAUGCUUAGUGUCCACAUGUUAAUCCCAUCGUCGUUACAGUCGAAACUCAUGUCAGUCAGGAACUGAAGAUGCUCAACUGGUUUUAUGUGUAUCAUCGUCUUCGUUAUUUGUAAGAGUUUUGUUUGUAAGUUUGGCAAAACAUACACACAAUGCCAAUAGCUAUGGUGGGAAACUUUUCGAAGGACCAUGCCCAAGUGAUGCCCAUCUCGUUGUUCGUAGCGGUUCUCUGCCUCUGCCUCAUCAUUGGUCACUUGCUUGAAAAGAAUCGAUGGGUUAACGAAUCCAUCACCGCCAUUUUCUUGGGAAUCAUAGCAGGGACUAUCAUAUUGGUUAUGAGCAAGGGCAAGAGUUCUCAUAUUCUGACUUUUGAUGAAGAAUUGUUCUUCAUUUACCUUCUUCCGCCAAUAAUUUUUAAUGCCGGGUUUCAAGUCAAGAAAAAACAGUUCUUCCACAACUUCUUAACCAUCAUGCUAUUUGGUGUGGUUGGUGUUUUCAUUUCCACAUCGAUCAUAACGUGUGGCAGCUGGUGGUUAUUCUCUAAGUUGGGCUUUAAUGGUCUGAAUGUGCGCGACUUUCUUGCUAUAGGAACAAUAUUCUCGUCAACUGAUACAGUGUGCACCCUGCAGGUGCUUCAUCAAGAUGAAACCCCAUUGCUAUACAGCCUAGUAUUCGGAGAAGGAGUGGUGAAUGAUGCAACAUCAGUUGUACUAUUCAAUGCAAUACAAAAGAUUGACAUUACUCGGUUUGGUAGCAAGACCUUUUUCCAUGUCUUGGGAGAUUUUCUGUAUUUGUUCUUCACAAGCACAGUACUCGGAAUCGUAUCUGGACUUUUGACGUCAUAUGUCCUUAAGACCCUGUGCUUUGGAAGACAUUCGAGUAUUCGUGAAAUUGCCUUGAUGGUCUUAAUGGCUUAUCUAUCAUACAUGUUGGCUGAGCUGUUCAAUCUGAGUGGAAUACUUACCGUUUUCUUUUGCGGUAUUCUCAUGUCACACUAUGCAUGGCAUAAUGUGGCAGAGACUUCUAGAAUCACAACCAGGAAUGUAUUUGCUAUGAUGUCAUUUGUUGCAGAGACAUUCAUUUUUCUUUAUGUGGGAAUGGAUGCUCUUGACAUGGAGAAGUGGAAGAUGUCCAAGUUAAAUUUUGGUACUUCCAUAAGCAUUUGGAGUACACUAAUCUUACUGGUAUCGCUUGGACGUGCUGCAUUCGUUUUCCCUCUCUCUGUUCUUUCCAACUACAUGAAUGAAUCGCAUUCUGGUGGAUCAUCUAAACUCACAUUCAAACACAUGAUCGUCAUAUGGUGGGCUGGACUAAUGAGGGGAGCUGUCUCAAUAGCUUUGGCAUUUGAAAAGUUCACAUUUUACGGUGUUACUUCGGACCCCAUCAAUGCUUCAAUGAUCACAGUCACCAUAAUUGUUGUCCUUUUCAGUACAGUGGUAUUUGGUCUUCUAACUAAGCCACUAAUAAGCUGUCUGCUUCCCCAUCAUAUGACUAACGUCAUUAGUCGAGAAAGGUCCAAAGACCUUACAGAGGACUUGACCCCUCCUUUGCUCUCCUUUGAAGAAUCUGCCACAACCAACAUCCUUCGGGCUAAAAACAGUUUGUCCAUGUUGAUAGAAAGGCCUGUAUACACCAUUCACUCCUACUGGAGGAGGUUUGAUGAUGCUUACAUGAGACCCAUCUUUGGUGGCCCUCGUGAAAAUCAGCUCCCAACUUAGAUGAAUAACUUGAGUUGAGAGCAUCAGGCUCAAGUCAAAGAAAAGAUGAUAAAUCGAGGGCAUGACAGAAAAGUACUAAGAAUUAUCUAAAGGUAACACUGGGCAAAGUGGUAGUAAAUUUACUUACUUUUGUUCUGACUUUCUCAUAUGGUAUUAAACUUUUUUACGUUCCUCAUGUUGAAAGCUUGUAAAUGAAGAAUAGAUGAAUUUUUGAGUCUCUUAAGCUAAUAAGAGAAUUAUGUUCGAGGGAUUUUACUCAAACUUAGGACUAGUCUCGUGUCUUUUCUUAGUCAUUAAACGCCAAGAACACAUGUGCUUAAAAUACCAGUAUGGACCUGAAUGGCAUCCACAACCAGAUCGCAUAACAUUGAUAAGGUGCAAUCAAAAUCAUGAAGAGAAUAUUAUAUAAGACAAACAGUCAGGUGUCUCUUGGCAAGAAUAGACCCCUUUGAAAGAUGAUUUUGCAAAAGUAAAUCUUGACGGCACACAAGAAAUGAAUUUACAAUAAUUUAAUACCAGACAAGGUGCAAAAAUUCACAAUGGCGCGGACAGACUUAUUCCAACACACAUUCCUGUAAACAAUUCCCCUGCGGUGCUUCAUGCCACUGCACAUGAAAGAAAGCUAAUGAUUAGAGACUCGACAUAACAUGCAAAGCAAUGGCUGAGAAAGCCAAAAUCCAUGCCAAGUCCAACCAUGCUCGUGAAUGUAACAAUGCGAUUAAAAACUAAAUCGUUUAACUCUGAUCUAAUCUUUUGAUGCAACAAUUAUGAGCAUU